UGUCUGCCCACAAACCAGAAACACAUGCUCAGCAUCUAAGCAGGCUUCAGUCACCUUGACUCACUUCUGCUAGCAUGAGCGAGAGUCUCCCUGGUUGUGUUGUAGCAGCGCGUUAUAAAGCAGAAAGCCUCGCCAUUCCUUUCAGAUCGGAACGCUCCAACCGCUGAGCGUGCUGGCCAUUAGACAGUCAAGACCUGAACGUGCUCACAACUAUGACCCUCCUGCUCCCUCCACCUGGAUUAACUCUUAAGUAAGCGCUGGUUGUCGCUACCUGGUCCCUCUAACGUCAAGCCGCGGCAGCAGCCUCACCGGCCGAUCGAUCCUGUUCCCAAUCUGCAACUCUCUGCUUUGUUCUCUUGCCAUGGGGUUCGUUGUUUCCUUGUUGCCUGGGCAGCUGAUGGGCUUGAUUGUGCUGUGAAGUGGAUACAAGGUGGAUUUAUGGUCGUCAAAGCCGAAACUACCAUCCGAGGGAAAUUAGUGGAAGUUUGAGCUCCGGGAGGAUGCAGGUGACGUGUUGGUGCGCCGUGUUCCUUCUGACGCCUGCGCUUUACCUGGUUGCAAGUGCUCAUCCUUCAAAGUCAGACAUUGUCAAAUCAGGAAAUCUGAAAUCCACGCUUAAGCAUAUAUGGACACAAAGUAAUAAGGAAAUGUCCAUCAGUAGGCUGCUAUCACAGACUCUACAAGGCAAGGAGAACAGCACAGCUUUGGAUCUUCACUAUGACACUCCAGAGCCCUAUUUGGAGCAGGAUCUUUGGGAUUGGCUGAGAAAUUCCACGGACCUGCAGGACUCACGACCACGGGCUAAGCGGCGGCCUAUGGUCAAGACAGGAAAGUUUAAGAAGAUGUUUGGCUGGGGGGACUUCCAUUCAAACAUUAAGACAGUUAAACUUAACCUGCUAAUCACUGGUAAGAUUGUAGAUCAUGGAAACGGCACCUUCAGUGUCUACUUUCGCCACAACUCCACAGGGCAGGGCAAUGUGUCUGUUAGCUUGGUCCCUCCAACAAAGAUAGUUGAGUUUGAUGUGGCAGCACAGCAGUCCGUCAUUGAUGCCAAGGACUCAAAGUCCUUCAACUGUCGCAUAGAAUAUGAGAAGGUUGAGAAGGGCGCCAAGAACACACUCUGCAACUUUGACCCAUCCAAGACAUGCUACCAAGAGCAAACUCAGAGCCAUGUCUCCUGGCUUUGCUCCAAACCAUUCAAAGUCAUCUGCAUCUUCAUUUCCUUCUACAGCACCGACUACAAACUGGUGCAGAAAGUGUGUCCAGACUACAACUACCACAGUGACACUCCCUACUUUCCCUCUGGCUGACAUUUCCAUACACUCACAAACUACAUAGUGGUCGAGUGGAGAACAGACUAGGACUUCUAUCCAGGCCAGAGACAUUUGUAUGUUAGCCCUUCUAUCCCUUAACAUGUCCAUAUCAGAGUGUCAGCUAUGCCCAAAUGAUUCCCCUGUUCAAUCUUCUGAAAGAGCAAAGAGCAACUUUCAAUUCUUACAAAAUGUGCUAAUUGUAAACUGCUUAAAAGUAACCUUGGAUUACCAGUUAGAAUUUUAUCCCUUAAUUAUGAUUUAUCCCAGCUGAAUUUUGUCGAAAGCAAUGGCCUUCGGGUCAUCUUGGGUUAGUACUAGUACGAAUUGUUCAUUAUUGAACUCUGCUCUUUCUUGUUGUUAUUUUUACAUCACACUUGUAGUCCAACUGAAUGUUAAUAACCUUGUUUUCUUUUAGCAUAUUUCAAUAUACAGUGUAUUAACUCUUGAUAGUAUAUGGACUGUUUGCCCCUGCUGUACCAGUUUCACUCUGCGUUUUAUUCUGAAUAAUGGAAAAAAGUUAGCUCCUUGUUUAAAAAGAAUGAAAACUAUCCUUCAAAUGUUAUUAGAAAAAGAGGCUGAGGAUGACAACAAAGAUUUGAAUGUGAGUGUGAUGCUGUUAGAAAUGUGAGGUAGUUUAAUAAGUGAGGUUACCAGGCUGGCUUCUUCUACAGCCAGUUGAGAAAACCUGUUAACGACAGACUUUCAGAUAGUGUAAGAUGAUCAGUCCUCGGUCAUCAUCAGAGAGCUUUUUGCGAUAACGAACUUAACCAGCUACUGAGUCAGUUCGAUGACUGGCCUAUAUUUUGAACUGACAAAAUUUCGGAUUAACUGACUGAUCAGUGGGUUCUUGGGGAUAAGACUUGUUCAUUGUCAAUUAAUAUAGCAAAUGUAAUGUAUUGAAUUCUAUAUAUUAGAGCUUAAUUUGUAUGAAUGGUUUGUAUUGUACAUAGUUUAUCCAAAUUAUACUGCUUCUGUAUAUGCCCCAUGAGCUGUGUUUUUGACCACCUCUGCUAAGUCCUCUUGAAAGUCCAUUUAUGCUUGUUCUUGGUUCCUCUAACACAGAAAAUGAUGUUGCAGCCCUAGGUGUGAAUUUCAUGAAAACAGAAAUCAUGUACAGACGAUUUAGAACUGACUAAAUAUAAUAAAAGUAUUGACUUAAAUUUUCUUUACUGGGUUGGGGGAAGGUUUGGGGAUGGAGAUGGAUUAAAGAAAUCAGAAAUUUUAUCAAUUGAA